GACCCUUUCCCUACUGGUUGCGAGUGAGAUCGUUCCACAUACUUAGCUAAAUUUCUAAGCUUGUGAAAAGUUUUCUAGUUGAUUUGGACGCAACGUCAUUUGUAUUCUUCGGUUUAACAGGCUUUACCAUGGAGAACAAUAGUAAUAUGUCAUUACUAGCCCAGUUUGAUGAUGCCUGCAUGAGAGAUUUUGAUCUUCACGGAUGUGAUAAUGAGUUUUUGGAAUUUGCUCUUGGGCAAGAUGAAUGCCGAAAUAUGUGGCUAGAAGCUGAAAGGAAUGUGCAAAUUAUGCACAGCAAAAUUAAUGAAGCACAAAAGUUGACUUCAAAAUUGGAAUUGCUUAACCAUCAUGUUACUAUGUUGUUGAAAGAUGAAGUCAAAGUAAGAACUGCUAUUCAAGAGGAUAUUCGAGAAUGUCAUAGCCAGUUUGACUUGAUUCGUGACUGCCUAUCCAGUGAAAGUGAUUUGAAAGAUGAGUUCAGAGAAAAACUGCACAGUCUCAGUGUGGGUCGCUAUCCGCAUUUGAUGACCAACGCUGCUGCCCGUCCCAUAGACAAGAUGGAUACCAUAACUGAAGUAAAUAGCGCUGAAAUUGAUUCGUUAAUGGGUUUAAGCGAUAAAUCCAGCAGUGGGCAAACUGAGAGCGACCUUGAACUGUCCGGUAUAGUAAGAUCCCAUAGAGAGCUCAAGUGCUCGAAUAAAAAAUUCUCAGAAUUGGUGCCAAGCAAUAUUCCUACUUCUGAACAACAGACUUCAAAACACGCAAAGAACGUCGGCCCUAUAACAACAAUUGGUGAACACAAGCAAUGCAUUGUGGCAACUACUACAGUUUCGUUUUCUAUACAAACGGGUACAACUGUGGCCAGUACAAUGAUCGAAAGCAAUCCAGGAUCAAAUAGUGAUGAAUUUCAUAAUAUGAAAGUCAUUAAAGAGCAUCAAAUGAAACGGCAGGUUAUCGUCAACAAAACAGAGAACUGCAACCCAUGUGGUCUUCGGAUCAAAUUUGGCAAAUCUGCAGUGAGGUGCAUAGAUUGUGGCUUGAUUUGUCAUAUGGAUUGCGUAGUCUCCAUGCCGACAUGUUGUAAUCCACAGAAUCCCGAAAUAGGAGAUAAACGUCGAGAAAUAACCUCGUCGGACAAGAAAGUUUUGCGAUUUUUCACAUCGCCCUCAACGAAAAAGUGAUGCGUAUCGUAAACCCGCUCAGUAUAUCUUAUUUGUUCGAUUCAGAAUAGUUUUUAACGAAAUUCUUACUUUUGAAUAAUUCCUGUAACAGUUAAAUAGAGUUUAAAAUUCUU